UAAAUAUUGUAACAACUAUAAAUAAUCUUUUAGCAGAAUUUAAACUUUUAAAUAAAGUAUUAGUGCUCACUACUGAUAAUGAAUUUGCAAUAGUAGUUUGUGAACAACUAUUAGCAAAUGACUUACAAAAAGAGCUAAAUAAUCAAACCUUUCACUAUUACAAAUGCAAUAGAUAUAUUUUAAAUUUAGCAGCAUGUCAUAGAUUAGAAAUAAUUGACCAAGAAGUUAUUAAUACUCACACAAUAAUGUUAAAAAUAAAAAUAUCAACAAGAUUAUGUGAUGAGCUAAGAAAAUUGUAUAUUGUACAAAAAUUAGAAUACCUAAAACCUGAAUUAGAUAUUAAAAUGAGAUAG